AUGGGGCUGAAGGAGCGAAUGGCGGCUGCCUUGUCGGGCUCGAGCUGGGCCGGCGCGCCCACACCCCAGCCUCAGGCCCCUCAGCUGGCGCACGAGUCGCCGCCGUCGCCGGAAGCGCCUCAGCCGGCGGCGCCCGCGCCUGCAGCCCGGGCCCAGCCCUCCGGCAGCCAGCAGCGGCCUGAGGCCAGCAGCCGUCCCUCGGGCAACUCCAGCCUCCUCGCCAAGAUCGCUUUUGCCAAGGAAGUCAACGAGCGGUAUCGAGUGCCGGCCGUCAGCCAGGCCGACCUGCUGCAGCCCUCGCAGCGCCACCAGCGCCAGCCGAUCAAUGGCAGGCUCGUGGCUUUUGGGACAGCGCCUCCCGCAGCCAACACGAGCGCCACUUCGUACCACGCCGACACUUCUCAGCAGCACCAGCAGCAGCAGCUUCAGCCGCAGCACCCAGCGCCCGCAGGGCAGCCGACCACGCAGGCGGCUGCGUCCCGACACGACGGUAUCGACAGGGCAGCGGCCCGCGCCACAGUGGUGCUGUCUGCCUCCCAGGACGACUUUGAGUUCGACGCGAGCGAGGCGCUGCGCAAGGCAGGCGCAGGCGCCGGCGGAGGCGGCGCCGCUGGCGCCAGGCGGGCGCCCGCCGAGGCACGGCCUGCCACCCAGCUGCAGCAGCAGCAGCAGCAGCAGCUGGCAAACGAGCUCGACGAUUUGCUGCCCAGCGGCAGCCAGCGCGCAGCGGCCAAGCCGCGGGGCAAGCGCGGCGGCACGGCCACCACGCCCGGCGCGCCCCGUCGCAAAGCCGCUGCAGGCGGCCUCGGCGGCGGCCGAGCCAACGGCAAGUCUGGCGGCGGAGGCAAGGGCAGCGGCAAGGGCCAGGCCCGACGCAAAGCGGCGGCACCAAAGCGGAAUCGCGAGGAGCCUUCACAGGAUGAUGGGGAGGAGGGGAGUGGGAUGGAGGACGGCGGCCUGGCAGACCUGCUGCUGCUGCCGCCCGAGGAGCCGGCGGCAGGCCGGGCAGCGGCGGCGCCAGCAGCGGCGGCAGAGGCGCAGCAGGAGCGGCGGGCGCCCGGCAAUGCGCCCUUGGACGGCCCUAACGAGGAGCUGCGCUUGGCGGUGGGCGAGGAUGGGGAGCCCUGGCCAGAGGAUGCUCAGGAGGAGGCUUACCUGAACUUUGCCGUCCCCGCCAGCAUCAACCGCUUCUUGCGCUCCUACCAGCGCGACGGCAUCAGGUUCCUCAUGAGGCAGUACGCCCGCGGUACCGGCGGAAUCCUUGGGGACGAUAUGGGGCUCGGCAAGCCCCUGCUGCCCUUUCGCAGCUACAAGCAGACCCACUUGGCAGGCAGCCGGGCUGGCAAGACGGUGCAGGCAAUCGGGUUCAUCGCUGCGGUACUGGGCAAGACGGGCGACCUCGACGAUGCGCACCUGCCAGAGCUGCAGCCGCUGCGCAAGAUCGAGCCUCUGCCAGAUAGCGAGGGAGAGACGCAGUGGGGCCUUGUGAACGACGAUGCGUAUGCUCCCGACUACAGCACCUGCUAUCCCGUCCUGGUGGUGGCGCCCACCUCUGUGCUGGAGAACUGGGAGAGGGAGUUCGACAUGGUGGCUGUGUGCAAGAGCAAGCAGCGCGACGCCGGCGACCCGGGCGAGGAGCUGCUGACCAUCCCCUGGCACAUGGCGCUGUUCGAUGAGGCUCACUUCCUGAAGAACAGCCUCACCAAGAGAUACAUGCUCGGGUCUCGCCUGCCCACGCGCCUGCGCUAUGGCCUGACGGGCACCCCCUUCCAAAACGACUAUGCCGAGAUCUGGGCGGUGAUGAACUUCAUGGCGCCAGGCUGCCUGGGCGAACGCAAGGAGUACAUGGAUGGGACAGCCCGCCCCAUCAUGAGAGGCCAGCAGGCCAGCUCCAGCGACAACGCCAAGGCGGUGGGUGCCGAGGCGCAGCACGAGCUGCGUGCUGUGCUGGCAAGGUACAUGCUGCGCCGCACCAAGAAGCUCAUCGCUGACCAGAUGCCCAAGAAGAUGGACUAUGCGGUGUUCUGCGAGCUCAGCCCGCUGCAGCUGGCGGCCUACAAGCGCCUGCUGGAGUCCCCAGAUGUGGAGCUGCUGCUCAACCACCGCGAGCCCUGCCUGGAGUGCGGCAGCGGCGAGCCGUACUACAAGUGCUGCGGGUGGAAGGUGGAGGAGGAGCGGGGGGGCGUGCUGUGGCCUAUGUACCACUGCUGCGAGUGCGACGACGCAUACGACAAGGACUACAACCCCAAAGGGUGCAGGAACCACAAGCCCGAUGGCUGCUGGCAAUAUACCCCCAACCACCUGGAGCUGGUCAAGGCGCAGCACGAGGACGAGAUCAAGGACCCGCGCAAGUUCAAAAAGGCGCUGCAGAUUGCGGAGCUGGUGAUUGGGGAGGACAGCGCGGCGCUGGGCGGGUACGUGACGAGCGAGGAGUUCAUUCGCCUCAGCGACACCAGUACCUGCGGCAAGAUGGAGGCGAGCUGCGCUGCGCUACGCUACGCUGCGCUGUGCUGUGCGUUGCUCGAAUGUGCGCAGCUGCUUCCUGACAGCUGGAUCCGUGUCAUGCUUCACAUCACGGCGCUGGACGCCCUGCUGAAGACCUGGCGCGACGCUGGCAGCAACAAAGUCCUGCUGUUCAGCAACAGCGUGCAGACGCUGAACAUCCUCAAGGCCAUGGUUACAGCCAGCGGCUAUGAUUACAUCAUGCUGGACGGCAGCGUACCACAGGCGGAGCGCCAGACAUUGUGCGACAAGUUCAACACGCAGCCCUCCACCUUCAUCUUCCUCAUCUCCACGCUGGCGGGCGGCGUGGGCCUCAACCUCACUGCCGCCAACAAGGUGGUCAUCUUCGACCCCAGCUGGAACCCCGCCAUGGACCUGCAGGCCCAGGACCGCGCCUUCCGCAUUGGCCAGAAGCGGGACGUGAGCGUGUACCGCCUCAUCGCUGCAGGCACCAUGGAGGAGAUCAUCUACGACCGCCAGCUGUACAAGCAGAUGCACAGCGAGAUUGUGCUGGAGGGCAACACGGCGAUGCCGCGCACGUUUGAGGGCGCCAAGACGGGCAACCGCGAGGACCACGGCGAGCUGUUUGGCAUGCUCAACCUGCUGAAGCACAACAAAGAGAAGAUCCUCACCCUGGAGUACAUAGAAAACGAGCGGCGGCGGCGCGCCCGCGGCGACCGCGACCGGGACGGGUACCGCAUCGAAGCCUACGACCCCGAUGCUGAGGCCCGGGAGGCGGCCGCCGCCGCUGCGCUGCCCCGCGCGCGGCGUGGCGGCGCUGAAGUGGCCGACGGCGAGGAUGCAGGCCUGCAGGCGCUGGUGGCGGCGGAACUUGGCAUCCUUCCAGAGGAGGCAGAGGCGCAGCCGCGCGGCGGCAGCCCCAGCCAGGACGGCGCCGGCGGCGGCGAGCGGCAGGCUGCGGCCUCGGGAGGGCUGCUGGCGGCAGAGCAGGAGGGGGAGGAGCGGUGGGAGGAGCACCGUGCGGAGACAGAACUGCUGGCCAAGGCUGGGGUCACAGGCAUGCUGCAGCACAACCUGGUCUUCAAGCCCAGCGCGGCAGAGGCGGCUGCCACACGGGCGGCUGAGGAUGCGGUGGAGGCAGAGGCCCAGCGCAAGCAGGGAGGCCUGGCGGAGGAGGCGGUGAGGAUGGCGGGCAAGCGGCAGCGCACGCAGCGCGCGCAGCGCACGCGGCCGGAGCAGGUGGCGUGCGGCGGCGGCGGGCGGGUGCAGGCCCGGGUCCUGCCCCUGCUGGAGUCGGUGGCGGAGGCCCUGGGGCAGCCGGCGGAGGUGGCGGCGCGCCGCCUGCUGGACCUGCAGCCAGAGGCGCGGCGCGAGCUGCGCCGGGCGCUGGCGCGCGGCGACGACCCACCCCUGGCGCUGCCCACCGACGGCGCGCGGCAGGCGGGGGACUGCUCGGGCCGCGCCGCGCACGCCGGCCAGGACGAGCCGCAGAACCCCUAG